UUCCUGCCAGGCUCAGUCUGCCAGAUGAUUGCAGCCCGCACAGACAGACGUCUCGGGGCCGGCGGGCGGCCCGAGGCGCAAUGCCGCAGCUCCUGGACGGUCCAGCAGUGUCCUGGGCGGCCCCGGGAGCGUCGCCGCCCCUGCCCUCGCCAAGGAGCGUGUACCCGGCCAACCGGACCUUCUUCCCUUUCUUCUCAGAGUUCAAGGGGGACCAGCGGGUGGCCCUGAGCGUCGUGGAGACGGUGGCGCUGGCCCUGAUCUUCGUGGUGUCCCUGGUGGGCAAUGUGUGCGCCAUCCUGCUGCUGGCACGCCAGCGCCGCCGGGGCACCACCGCCUGCCUGGUGCUCAACCUCUUCUGCGCCGACCUGCUCUUCAUCACAGCCAUCCCGCCAGUGCUGGCCGUGCGCUGGACAGAGGAGUGGCUGCUGGGCGACCUAACCUGCCACCUGGUCUUCUACGUGAUGAGCCUGAGCGGAAGCGUCACCAUCCUGUCGCUGGCCGCUGUCAGCCUGGAGCGCAUGGUGUGCAUCGUGCGCAUGCAGCACAGCGCGCAGGGUCUCAGGCCCCGCGCCCGCGCCGCCCUGCUGGGGCUCAUCUGGAUCUACGGGGCCCUGUCCUCGCUGCCCCUCGGCGUCUUCUUCACCGUGCGCCCCCAGCCGCUCGACGGCCGCGACAAGGAAGUUCAGAUUUGUACAUUAGCAUGGCCCAGCAUCGAAGGAGAAAUCUGUUGGGAUGUGUUGUUUGCGAUUUUUAACUUUUUGGUACCGGGACUGGUUAUUGUGAUCAGUUACUCCAAAAUCUUACAGAUUUUAAAAGCUUCCAGAAAAAGGUUAAACGUUAGCCUGGCCUACUCAGAAGACCACCACGUCCGGGUCUCCCAACAGGACUAUAAGCUCUUCCGAACUCUCCUGGUGCUCAUGGCCUCGUUUUUCAUCAUGUGGAGCCCCAUCAUCGUCACCAUCUUCUUGAUCUUAAUCCAGAACUUCCAGCAGGACCUGGUGAUUUGGCCAUCCCUGUUCUUCUGGAUCGUAGUGUUUACAUUUGCCAACUCGGCAGUCAACCCCGCCCUGUACGGUGCCUCCCACUUUCAGAAGGAGUGGUGGAGAGUCAUUUUCUCCUGCUCGUCGAUUCCUGAGAAGAACGGAAUGGCUACGGACACUUCCGUGAGAAGAAACGACUUGUCUGUGGUCACUGGCUGAUGAGUUCACUGGCUGUAAUUUUCCUGAUGGAGGUGGUUAUGGACUCAUUUACCUCCCCCCACCCCCGCCGCCCCACCACCACCACCACAUGCAUAUUGCUUGACUGUAGUUUAUAUGAGAGUGGGUUUAGUUUCACUAUUGAGUGUGCGUAAAACAAGAUUUUUCUUGUGGUGGUGAAUUUCUAGGACGUUCAUUACAGGUGUGUCCUCCUUUAAGAAAGUUUACUAUAUGAAUUUUACAGAAAUUUUAAAUGAGGGUAGGUGCUUACUCACCAUAACAAAAUAUUCUUUGCUUUACAAAAGGAUCCAUCACAUGUUCCUCUUAAUUUGUGAUUUGCCUGGAGCACUAAAAAUAAGACUGUUGGUCAAAAUGUGAUUUAUGUUGACUAUCUAAUUUAUGCAUAAUUUCUCCAAUUUUUAUUAACUCUAUUUAAACUCAACAAGACAUACCUUCCUGGCUGUACCAAGCUUGUAACAUGCAUGUGUUCUUGAAUUCAAAACCAGCUCAAACAGCUCUUUCCCUGGGUGUUAUAAUACCCCAUGACAACCAUUCUGCCUCCUUCCCCCAGUCCAGUGAUUACUUCAAGGUAUUUCCAGUUUUCUCAGGACUUUCCAUGAACUUCCUCAAGCAUAAUUAACUUUAAUGCAAUUUUGCAGUCAGGGAAAGGGAUGGUAGAGGGUAUGGAAUGACAGCGUGUGAAAUGAUUAGAUUCAGUUUACUGGAGGCUGCCUCCAGAAAGCCAAGUUCUGGACAUGACAUGCAUCUGGAUCUUAGACGUCCAUAGGUAUUUUCAAUUCACUGCCAGUUGAGAAGCCAGACCAAGUCACCAUGAUGUCACUGUGGUCCCACCCCUUCCCUUUCCCGCAGGAAUUUUCCUAAUGGAUUUUCCGUGUAACAGACUAAUAAUGAAAUAAGGUCUACAGUCAUUGUGGGUAUGAAGCCAUGACAAAAGGGUUGGAAUCUUUUUAUAUAAAUGUAGUUGAAAAUAAAUUAAAACUGUUUUGUGAAA